UUAUUUUAAUGGGUCAGCCACCACGCCAGAGAAAGAAGGUAAUCUGCUGGUCACAGCCAAAGAUAGACCCAGCUCGCUCCAGUGCCCCUCACACUCACGCAUUGUUCUGAGUCCAGCUGUGCCUUGUUCUCCUGUGGGCUGAGAUGACGACAGAAACGAGUGUGGGGGGKGCGGAAGGAGAGCGACGGAUCCAGAGCGGUACGCUCAUUCUGGGUUAACAUCUCACUGUGAGGCCCACGUGUGAAGCCUGAGGUAUUGCGUCCUGUUCCUGAGCGGAGAACCAAUAUCCCAAGAUGCAGUGGUGCAAGUGGGCUGGCAGUUGGAGGACACACUUGCUAAGACAGCCUGCUGGACCAGAGGCUGAGGAUUCUUUCGACUUUCUGUUUAAAAUCAUCUUGGUCGGGGAUUCGGACGUGGGUAAGACCUGCAUGGUGCAGAGCUUUGAGUCUGGUAUAUUUAUCGAGAAGCAACAGAACACCAUCGGGGUUGACUUCACGGUCCGUACCCUGGAUAUUGAUGGCAAGAAGGUGAAGAUGCAGGUGUGGGACACCGCUGGACAGGAGCGUUUCCGCACCAUAACGCAAAGCUACUACCGCAGCGCCCACGGGGCGAUGGUGGCCUACGACAUCAGCCGCCGCGGCACUUUUGAGUCCAUUUCUCACUGGAUCAGGGAGGUGGAGCAGUACGGAGCAGCUAAUGUGGUGGUCAUACUUGUGGGUAAUAAAUCGGACCUACACACUCAGAGACAGGUGCUGUUCGAGGACGCGUGCACUCUGGCAGAAAAGAACUCUCUCCUGGCUGCUCUAGAAACUUCGGCCAAGGAGGCCCAGAACAUAGACGCUGCCUUCAUCCUCAUGGCCCGGGAACUGUUGGCGCGUAACGGCAUGACUAUCCCCGAGCAGACCUCUCAGUGCUCGCCAAAGUUCACGUUGAGCGAGGGCUGUCGGCCGGUAUACAGCGCUGUGGUGUCUCCGGAUAAAAAGUGUGAAUGCUGAACAGACCGAGCCAUCAGUUUAGUGUGGAAACAAAGCUUUGUACUGUUUUUUCACUUAGUAUUUAUAGUUUGUGGUAAUCUGUAAUAGAUGUUUGGCAAUGAUUUAUCAACCCUCCUUUUGUAAUAUUCCUUUGUGCUGAACGUGACAAGCCACACCUUUGCUGAAGGACUCUGUACUAAAACUCCAACACAUUCACUCAAUACGCAACCUGAAGGGUGUUCAUUUUUUAUUGUUGCUUUACAAAUAUUGUUUAUACAAUACACCACUUUCAUGGCUUCCAGCUGGACUUUUAUGCCACCUUCAAAUCACACAUUGUUAAACUGGUUUCUAUAAUAAAACUUUUACUGGUGCUGUGUUGAGCAAUACCAUCAAAUACAGUCAUUUAUAUUAGUCUUAGGAUUUCUACACCUAUAACCACAUCAUAGAAAAAUAACACCUUUUUUCUAUAAUAGUGUAUUUCUUUGCAAUAAAACAUUAGAAAAUAAAAUUAUUUAACUUGUAAUUGCACUUUGUAGGGACUCAACUCAUGACCAUUCAAUAUGUUAAAUGAAAACAGGCUGAAAUUUAACAGUAAACUAUUAAGACACACUGAGGGCCUUUUACUUUGAAUGUUAGGACCGAUCUGGACCACUGUGUUACAUAAUAACCAUUUCCUUAAGUGCUCUUUUUUUUUACUUGUGCCUUUGUAGAGCAACUUCAACACUGUCCAUUGAACAAUAUGGACACUUUAUAAAAAGAUUUGAAAGCAUAUACGAUAUAAAAUGUGUGCUUUAAAGGACAUUAGAAAGUUUGUAUGGAUAGUGCAAAGGUAAAAGGUUACAGUGAAAUAUUGGCUGUUUUUAUAAAAACUUUUUUUAAACUACAUUAAAACAUAAAACGUACAGUA